AGUGAACUCAUUGUCAUUGAAAACUGGUCGUGUUAAGCUCAUAAGUCAUAACCAAGCUCUUUAAACCGCGAUAGUUUUCCAAGUCUUUGGAGGAUUCUAGAACAAGAGCCACCAAAUAUUAUACGUCUCAGUUCUAGCAUGCGCCCACGGUAGCACGUUUGAUUCAGAAGGCGCUUUCUUAAGAAGCAAAAAGAUCAAUACGAGCUCUGCAAUCCGCAAGACUUUGGAGUCAUGAGGGCCCUGAUAUCGUUGUGUAGUAGGUGACAGUAAGCCGAUUUAUUUACUGAUUAUUGGUUCCGACGAAGAUGAGCGUUGUUGGUUUUGAUUUCGGUAACGAGAGCUGCAUUGUUGCUGUUGCGAGGCAACGAGGUAUCGAUGUGGUUCUUAACGAUGAAUCGAAACGGGAGACCCCUGCCGUUGUCUCUUUUGGCGAGAAGCAGCGGUUCAUUGGAACUGCUGGAGCCGCUUCAACUACGAUGAACCCCAAAAACUCUAUAUCUCAGUUAAAGCGAUUGAUUGGUCGUCAAUUCUCUGAUCCUGAGCUUCAGCGGGACCUCAAGUCCCUGCCUUUUACUGUCACGGAAGGGCCCGAUGGGUAUCCAUUAAUUCACGCACGGUACCUUGGGGAAUCCAGGGUUUUUACGCCAACACAAGUUCUGGGAAUGGUACUUUCUAAUCUGAAGAGCAUAGCGGAGAAGAAUCUUAAUGCGGCAGUUGUGGAUUGCUGUAUUGGGAUUCCAGCUUAUUUCACAGAUCUUCAAAGAAGAGCUGUUCUGGAUGCAGCAACAAUUGCUGGUUUGCACCCUCUCCGGUUGUUUCAUGAAACAACUGCCACAGCUUUGGCCUAUGGAAUUUACAAGACGGAUUUACCAGAGAACGAUCAAUUAAAUGUUGCUUUUGUUGACAUCGGCCAUGCAAGCAUGCAAGUAUGCAUUGCGGGCUUCAAGAAAGGCCAGCUCAAAAUAUUGGCCCAUUCUUUUGAUCGUUCUCUUGGUGGUAGGGAUUUUGAUGAAGUUCUCUUCCAACAUUUCGCAGCAAAGUUCAAGGAAGAAUACAAGAUUGAUGUGUUCCAGAAUGCACGGGCUUGCCUUAGACUACGUGCGGCUUGUGAGAAGUUGAAGAAGGUUCUUAGUGCAAAUCCAGAGGCACCUCUGAACAUAGAAUGCUUAAUGGACGAGAAAGAUGUCAGGGGAUUCAUCAAGAGGGAAGAAUUCGAACAGAUAAGUACUCCAAUUUUGGAGCGUGUUAAAGGGCCUCUGGAGAAGGCUCUUUCAGAAGCUGGGCUUACUGUUGAAAACAUCCAUUCAGUUGAGGUUGUUGGUUCAGGUUCUCGUGUUCCAGCCAUUAUUAGGAUAUUAACAGAAUUUUUUGGAAAAGAACCUAGACGCACCAUGAAUGCCAGUGAGUGUGUGGCUAGAGGCUGUGCUCUUCAAUGUGCAAUUCUUAGUCCCACUUUUAAAGUGCGUGAGUUUCAGGUAAAUGAGAGCUUCCCCUCCCCAAUUGCCUUAUCAUGGAAAGGUGCAGCACCUGAUUCCCAGAAUGGAGCAACAGAGCACCAACAGAGCACCAUUGUAUUCCCAAAGGGUAAUCCAAUUCCCAGUGUCAAGGCUUUGACAAUCUAUAGGUGGGGUACAUUCACAAUUGAUGUUCAUUAUGCUGAUGUUAGCCAAUUACAGGCACCUGCAAAGAUCAGCACAUAUACUGUUGGUCCUUUCCAAUCUACCAAAGGUGAACGGGCAAAGUUGAAGGUGAAAGUUCGCCUGAAUCUUCAUGGCAUUGUGUCUGUGGAGUCUGCAACUUUGUUGGAAGAAGAAGAAGUUGAAGUUCCAGUAGUAAAAGAGCCAGCAAAAGAAGAUACAAAGAUGGAGACUGAUGAGGCUCCAAAUGAUGCAGCACCUGCUGGUACUGUUGAAAAUGAUGUAAAUAUGCAAGAUGCCAAAGGUGCCACUGAUGCUCCUGGGGUUGAAAAUGGAGUUCCUGAGACGGGAGACAAGCCCAUGCAGAUGGAAACAGAUGUCAAGGUUGAUGCUCCAAAGAAGAAGGUGAAGAAAACAAAUGUCCCAGUUGCAGAGCUGGUUUAUGGUGGAAUGGCACCAAUAGAUGUGCAAAAGGCUGUGGAGAAGGAGUUUGAAAUGGCUUUGCAAGAUCGGGUGAUGGAAGAAACCAAAGACAAGAAGAAUGCUGUGGAGGCAUACGUUUAUGAUAUGAGAAAUAAGCUAAAUGACAAAUAUCAUGGCUUUGUUACUGAUUCGGAGAGGGAGACUUUAACUGCUAAGCUUCAGGAGGUGGAGGAUUGGUUGUAUGAAGAGGGUGAAGAUGAAACAAAGGGUGUUUAUGUUGCCAAGCUUGAGGAGCUUAAAAAGCAAGGAGAUCCCAUUGAGGAGCGUUACAAGGAGAGCUCAGAACGAGGGCCAGCAAUUGACCAACUUGUCUAUUGUAUCAAUAGCUACAGAGAAGCAGCGCUGUCAAAUGAUCCCAAAUUUGAUCACAUUGAUAUUGCUGAAAAGCAAAAGGUCGUAAAUGAAUGUGUGGAAGCAGAAGCUUGGUUGAGAGAGAAAAAGCAGCAGCAAGAUGCUCUGCCCAAGUAUGCCACUCCAGUUCUGCUGUCGGCUGAUCUAAAACGGAAGGCGGAGACAAUUGACAGGUUUUGCAGGCCUAUAAUGACGAAGCCCAAGCCAGCCCCGGCUAAGCCACAGACUCCUACCGAGACACCAGCAUCUCCAGCUCAAGGAACUGAGAGCCAGCCUCAAAAUAAUGACAGUAGCAAUGAGAACUCAGCAGGGGGUAACGAGGCAGCACCAGCUGCUGCCGCUGAGCCAAUGGAGACCGACAAAUCUGAGAGCGCUCCAACUCCAGCCUAAGUUGGUUAAAAGAUGCGAGGAAUUUGCCAUACGAUUUUUACCCAGCCCCAAAAAAAGGCUCUACCUGUAUUUUCAUUUCUGUUUGAGCAUUCGUCUUUACAAGGCUCGGUUAAGGGGGUGACCGGAUGGUUAAUUUACAGGUGGUGGUGUUUUUGGAUGUGUAGCACCACACUCUUCUUUGGUGGGUCUGCCCAUUCAUAUUGUUAUUAGGUGGGUCUCUAGAAUCCAGUUUUCAAAAGGGUUUCAAGAGAAAAUUUGGACUAUUCUGAUCUUUUGUUUUUUUCCCAUAUUUUAUGAUGAGAUGUCACGCUCUAGAAUGCCAUUUACAUUUGUUUUCUCA